AUGGGUACGGAUUCCACAACAGUUCAUAUCAAGGGUUCGAAGCAGUGUGUCGAAUCGGCAAAAGCUCGAAUUGAGGAAAUUGUAGAAGACAUCGAAAAGCAAGUCAACAUACAAGUGGAGAUCCCAGCACAAUUUCAUCGUGCUCUUCUCGUCAAUCGAGGUCAAAGAAUUCACGACCUUCAGUCGAAGCAUGGCGUUCUCAUUCGCUUCCCCGAUCGUCGACCGGAGGGCGCAGAGGAUGCUGACCCACAUGCAGCAGAUUUGGUUACCAUAUCAGGACGUGAUACAAAGUGUGAAGCUGCCAAAAUUGAACUUCUGUCUAUGGUCCCUGUCACUAGAACUAUCAAUGUGCCAAUCGAAAUGCAUCGUGGUCUAAUUGGACGUGGAGGAGAAACGGUUCGAAAGCUCAUGCAAGACUAUGACGUCAAUAUUUCUAUCCCGAAAAAUAAUGAAAGUGAAGAGAUCACGGUGACUGGUCCAUCUGAUAAUGUCGAGGAAGCUCUUGAGAAGAUCAGAGAAAAAGUUGCUGAAUUCGAAGCACAAGCUGAAGACAGGAGAUUGCGUUCCUUCCAACUUGUCAUCGAUGUGCCGGCUGAAUAUCAUCAACGUGUGAUUGGCCCUAAAGGAGCCACAGUAAAUGCGCUCAGGGCUAAGCACGAUGUACAGAUCAGCUUGCCACGUGGAGACGAGAAAUGCGAUCAAAUUACCAUCCAAGGGUAUGAGGCAGCAGCACGAGCUUGUGCAGCGGAAAUCGACGAGAUGAUUGAGGAGAUCCGCUCUAUGUUCACUCAAGAAGUCUCUAUCGAUGCUGGAUUCCAUCCUCGUAUGAUCGGUGUUCGCGGAAAGAACCUUAAGAAGCUUAUGGAAGACUUUGGAGUGGAAAUCCGCUUCCCUCGUGACGCAGCAGAUCCAAAUCUCGUCAUCAUUGCUGGAAAGAGUGAAGAUGCGGUAUAUGACUGUAUUGAUCAUCUGAGAAUUGAGGAGGAGGAGUUCUUAGUUGAUCGCGUGGACAGAAGCCCAUACAUUUCGACACGUGUUCAAGAACCGCCGAAACCAAACAAACCGAUCCAGGUGACUAAUGCGCCAUGGCAGUUGGACAUCGGAAGCGCUGAACAUUUCCCAGACAUGGGUUCUUCUGCACCAACACAUGCUGUGGGUGGUGCAUGGGGAAGCGCUCGUCGUUGGUGA